AAACCGUAGCGAAAUAUUUCACGAAAUUAUAACCGCGCUAGCCUGAUACGACGUGUCAUUCGCCUUAUAUAAUGAAAUUAGCCGCACAUGAUCUCGCAUGGCAGUCUCACGCCCGUAAUAUACAUUGUCCGACACUAGGAAUUGUAGAGUUUGGCACUGGACGGGUAAUGUCUGAUAGGAUAAACACAAUGAAGCUGGAAGCUGAGAUGGCCGCUCCGUUGCAUCUGCAAAGAUUAGAACACAGUCUUAAUGUACAGCCUUUUUUGAGGCAAAUUACCCAUCUCUUUCAAGAACAAGUUAGUGAAGAUGACAAGUCUGUCUCAUCAGAAUCAUCUGAUGGUUCAGAUGCUUACUUAGAUAAUGUGCUCACUCGGAAGGAAGAAACAAAGAUCAAUAAGCUAAGAUUGUAUAAUAUGUCGAGUGUCGGAGAAGAACGACGUUGGCUGCAAGAUAUUUUGUUAAGUGACUCUUCCGAUAGUUCCGCAUCGGGUUCUGACACAGAUAGCCAAAUAACGGAGGAGGAUUUUCAGGAGAUGUUAAAAUUCCACAUACUGCGGAAAAAAUAUCAAGGCCGUUUUUAUCAGAAGCCAGAAAAUAUACAAUACCAAUAUUAUAGCGCGGGUUUGCUAUCGAAUUAUGACAGAUUUCUAGAACAUCAGAAGUUAAUUGUGGGAAAUAAGAAGAAAAAAGAGAAAAAGACGGAUAAGAAAAUCAUGAAGAUUAAAAAAGAUAAAAUUAAUCGUCGCCGUGCGUCUGAAGAAUAUCGCAAAGGAGACCUCCCAGAGGGAGAGUGGGACAAGUCGAUUCCUAAGGAGGAAGAGUUGGAUGAAUCCGAAUUGGAAGCUAUAAUGCGUCAUCAACCUCGUGGUAGAGGCAGAAAGAAGCAUAAUAUCAAGAGCGUCGAAGUGAUGACGAUGAGAAGAAGAAAAAUUUGGGUCAUGAUGUCGAAAAAGGAACUAGGAAAAGUACAAAGGGCGAAAACCAAUAAUCAUAAGGAAAUGCUAAUCAGUUGUAAAAAGGUAGCGCAGCACUGUAUGAAAUAUUGGAGACAGAAAGCCAUGCAAUCGCAGAAAAAUAUGAAGGAAACUAUUUGGAGAGCGAAACGUCUGACAAGAGAAAUGCAGUCUUACUGGAAACGCUAUGAUCGAGUCGAACGAGAGACUAGGAGAAGAUUGGAAAAGGAAGCCGAAGAGCAACGCAAGAUGGAUGUAGAACUUAUCGAAGCAAAGCGCCAGCAACGAAAAUUGAACUUUCUCAUUACUCAAACAGAACUUUAUGCUCAUUUUAUGUCGCGAAAAAUAAAUAAAGUAUCAGCGGAAGAGCAAGUGAGAAUCUUGAAUCAGUUGGACGAAGAAAAGAAUCCGAGACUCAUCGGUAUCGAUGAUUACGACAGCGACGUUAUGAAACAGAAGGCGAAGAGAAAUGCCACUGAAGCUUUUAACAAUGAAAAAGCUAGGACUAAGCAAUUUGAUACGGCUGCUGCCUCUCAAGAAUUGCGUCUGAGCGAUACACCCGAGAACCUGGAACAUCCUCAGCCAUCGAUCUUCAAAGGAAAUUUAAAGGGUUAUCAAUUAAAAGGAAUGAAUUGGUUGGCAAAUUUGUAUGAUCAGGGUAUUAGUGGGAUAUUGGCCGAUGAAAUGGGCCUGGGAAAAACUGUACAAUCCAUAGCAUUCCUAUGUCACGUCGCUGAAAGAUACUCCGUUUGGGGACCAUUCUUAAUUAUAUCGCCAGCUUCAACGUUACAUAAUUGGCAGCAGGAAAUGGCAAGAUUCGUACCAGUGUUCAAAGUGGUUCCAUAUUGGGGCAGCCCCCAGGAACGCAAGAUACUGAGACAAUUUUGGGACACUAAAGAUUUGCACACGAAAGAAGCUUCUUUCCACGUAGUGAUAACGAGUUAUCAGUUAGUGAUCACGGAUUAUAAAUAUUUCAAUAGAAUAAAAUGGCAGUACAUGAUUCUAGACGAAGCGCAAGCCAUAAAGAGUACAAGCAGUAUGAGAUGGAAACUGUUAUUGGGAUUUAGUUGUCGUAAUCGAUUAUUACUCAGUGGUACUCCCAUACAAAAUAGCAUGGCCGAAUUAUGGGCAUUGUUACACUUCAUCAUGCCCACGCUGUUCGAUUCGCACGAUGAAUUUAACGAGUGGUUUUCCAAAGAUAUAGAAAGUCACGCGGAGAAUAAAACGGGAAUAGAUGAAAAACACUUAUCGAGGCUUCACAUGAUCUUGAAACCCUUCAUGUUGCGAAGAAUAAAGAAAGAUGUAGAAAACGAAUUAUCCGACAAGAUUGAAGUGAUGGUGUAUUGCCCGCUUACGACUCGGCAGAAACUGCUCUACUCAGCGUUAAAGAAAAAGAUACGGAUAGAAGAUUUGCUGCAUUAUACGGUAGGCGGAGGGGACACUGCAUCCAAUGACAAGAACUUUACUUCUAAUUUAAUGAAUCUAGUCAUGCAGUUCCGCAAGGUCUGCAAUCAUCCAGAACUGUUUGAACGUAGGGACGCUAAAUCGCCGUUUUUUAUGAACACAGAAUUUUAUAAUAUGCCCGUUUUGCUAUAUAACAAAGGGCUCCGACACCUGGCAUUGCCCUCCAAGGAUCACGUCUUGUAUAAUAAGCUGUUUAUAUUCGCCGCGGAAUAUAUUCACCGUGCCCUUCAUUGCAACGAAGAUCCGAGCGAGAAUACAUUUUCGUUCAGUAGAUUCAUCGAUUUGUCGCCAAUGGAAAUGAAUAAAACGUUCAUUGCCGGUACCUUAUUUAGAUUGUUCCUCGUAACAUUCAUGGAGAGAAGAUUAAAGAUGGUCGAAUAUUGGGAGGAUUGGCGCGUCGAUAGCGGCUCGCGAGUGCCGACGAAUCAAAUGCUCUAUCUGCCUAGAAGAAUCGACGCUUUGCAGUCGGCGGCGUUGCAGGAUAUAUUUUUUACUAAAAAGAUAAUCGAGGGCGAGGCUCUUUACACGCACGCCACCCACACGAUGCACUCGAUGCCGGAGACCGUUGCCCACAGAAUCUUGCGUAGCAGCAAAAAGGCUAAUCAGCUGUUGAAGUUGCAAAGGAUACUUCCAACCGGCAAAACCGAACAAGCAGAAGAUUCCAAGUUGGCCCUGCUACCUGAACAUCCUCAUCACCCACGACAGCCCAUAAUGCGAUACUGCCAGCAGACAACGAUGCCUGCCUUCGUUUGCGAUAACAAUCCCAAGGUUCAAGCUAGUCCACGGAAGUUGUACGUUAGCAAUAGCUCCGCGGCGUGUGCCUGGAAGAGGCACGAGGAGUGCGGCGGCCCAUUUGGUCAGAGAUUACUUUGGCUCGGCUGCGAGCGAGCGCUUUCCGACGAAACGUCGGGCGUCCGUGCCGGUCAAACUCUGAAAUUCUGCUACCAGCCGCAAGGAGGAUUGUCCGCGUGCGCCCCGGUGAACGGAUGGUCGCACAUCAUCGUGCCAGACAAGCAAACCUUGGUGACGGACGCUGGCAAGCUUUCCGUAUUGGACAGUCUCUUACGGCGUCUGAAGGAACAAGGUCACAGAGUGCUCAUCUACUCCCAAAUGACGAAAAUGAUCGAUCUGCUUGAGGAGUACAUGUACCACAGGAAGCACACGUUUAUGAGGCUGGACGGCUCGUCGAAGAUCUCCGAUCGUCGAGACAUGGUAGCUGAUUUCCAGAAAAGGGCGGACAUAUUCGUCUUUCUGCUCAGUACUAGAGCGGGCGGCCUGGGAAUCAACCUCACGGCGGCAGACACGGUCAUAUUUUAUGACAGCGAUUGGAACCCCACUGUGGACCAACAAGCCAUGGAUCGCGCCCACAGACUAGGGCAGACUAAGCAAGUCACGGUUUACCGAUUAAUAUGCAAAGGGACUAUCGAGGAGCGAAUUUUGCAGAGAGCACGUGAAAAGAGCGAGAUACAACGCAUGGUCAUAAGCGGUGGCAACUUCAAGCCCGAUACUCUGAAACCCAAGGAAGUCGUAUCGCUGCUGCUAGACGAUGAAGAAAUCGAGGCGAAAUACAGCCAACGAAGCGAGGAGAGAAAGCAACAGCGAGCGGAGGAGGCUCGCCUCCUCGAGUCGAACCUACAGCAUAAGGAGAGGGACCGGAAGAGGAAGUUAACCGCGCUUCCGGUCAAGAAUGAUGCGAAAAAGCCGUGUCUGGCGGAUACUAAUGGCGACAAAAACAGCGAUACCGUUCAAACUAAUCUUAACGAGUCGAAACCGAUUGCCAAUCCGAUUCAGUCACAGCACCAGAACAAUCACCAUCAACAGCAGUUGGACAAUGUGGAUAAUUACAGUACACCGACUAGCCCGGCAAAAUCAGAGGACGAGACAAGUAACGAAGGACUCGUGGUCGACGUGGACGGUCCAGUGACGAUUUCCGCCAGCGAAUCUCGUGGACAGUCUCGCGGUGGUCUGCAAUAUGGAGAAUCUCCGCCGAAAGUCGCUCGACUCGGCCAUUUCGCUUUCGGUGGCUCAAGUGCGCGUAUGCGACAAUCGGUGCGCGGUGCGAGUAAACGCGGUAGACCGCGAGGUUCUCGCAGGGGUGGACCGAUCGGCGGUAAAGGACGAGGAUCGCUUCUGAUGCAUCCAUCGUCCAAGGUCUCUAACACGAUGACUAGCGAAUCGUCAUCAACUUUGGUCGACGGAGGUGGAUCGUCGAGCGAGCAGAUGUUGCAGCAUGGGACACAUGUGACUUCCGGUCCUGCUGACGGAGACGGCCCGAGCACGGUAGGUCCUUUGGGUCCGCUGGGUUCUCUGAUUCCUCUGUCGGGACGUGGAGGCGUCGCGGGAAUUCGGCGUGGUCCUGGAAGACCUCGCUUGCGACCAACUGGGCCCGGACAUCAGGGCUAUCGCGCACCCGGUCACCAUCACGGCAAGAAGAUCCAGCGACCGUUGCCAGUGCCUAUCAGGUCUCAUCAGACGAUCACGAGUGUCGGUCAGCAUCAGAAAGCGGCUUUAUCGUCGUCGUCGUCGUCGUCGCAGCAACGUUCCAAUCUUUCGAUGCCCGGUUCGUCAGCAUCCUCGUCAUCAUCGUCGUCGUCGUCUUUGUCUGUCGCCGUCACAGCCGCAAAUACGACGUCUUCGUCAUUGAUGUCAUCUUCUGCGGAAUCGCGUCCAUUCGGCUUCUAUACGCAGCAGCAGCCGCGUACAGGGCCGUCGUAGUUCCGCGAAGAAGGAAUAAGCCAGACUGCUCGUGAAGGAGACAACGCGCAUUUCCGCGAUGGCGAUAUCAACUAGACGUCAACGAAACGUUCCUGCGUUCCACCCUUUUUUCCCGCCGGGUGCCGAAAUUCGUUGCUGCAUCAUCCGCAUCCGAUGAUCAAGUGGCCGAAGAAAGGUACGAUGGAUUAACAGGACAGCGAAAAUAUAUUCUUUCGUGGAUCGCUCAAAUUUCGCUAUAUUGAUGUCUGAGAUUUGACUAAGCUGUUGCGUAUUUAUUGUCUAUCAUAAGAGUCCAAUCACUGUCAGUGAUAGAGCAAACACUAUCAGUGUUUCCUUACGCUGGAUCAAGCGUAGAAUAAACAUUUUAUCGCUCCCUGUCGUCCCGCUACCCUCAUGCUAAAUUAUAAUUGUAUAUCGAAGAAAGCAGCGUUAACGCGAUGUCUAGGUAUCAUUAUGAUUACGAUUGCAUCACGGUUGUAUUUAUUUCGCAAUUAUUUAUGGCGGUAGAAACGUAGAGAUCAUAGAAGUUGAUCGAACGAAAUGGAAAAGACGAUCGACAUCGUCGCUAUCGUUCGCUAGGUACUUAAUUGAAUGCUCACCUGCGGAUUCUUUCUCUGAAUCCACCUCUCGGCUUCACGGCAGCACGAAUCGUAUUUUCCGGAUCCGAUGAUUGAAUGAGGCACGAGGACGAAUCUUUAUCGGACACUCAUUGUUCGCAUUGUUAAGGCGAAAUGUAGUGAAUUAUAUUGAUUAAUAGAUCCACUUUUACGUUUGCAAGGACAAACAUAGCUCUUGGUUUUACUCUAAGUGUACGAUAAGUUAAUCGAGACGACGUGUCGUCGCCGCACGACGACGCCGAAUUUUGACGACUACGAUCGACAAAUUGAGUCUCCGGCGAAUGUGUUGACGUCAAACAAGUAAGCGCGCAAAAGGAAGGAGAGAAAGUGUUGCAUGUCGCCUCUCCAUCAAACACUCUCUCGGCGUCAUUGUACAUUGUCAUUAAUAUUAGCAUUAUAUUCCGUCACUAGACUCGGCUAGCCGAUAUUUUUUAUGCAUGUUAUGAAACGUCGUUAGGCCAAUUCAAUUUGUAAAAGAAUAGUAUUUAUAUUAGCAAUAAACAUUGACGAAAAUUCAACUCCAU